GAGGGAUUCCUGGAGAAGCUGCAGUGUGGGGAUGCUCUAGAAGAACGAGUUCGGCCCCCCAGUGUCUCUUCUCCUCUUCCUGCAGCGGCGGAGGCAGCAGUUAGUAGAGGCAACUUGAGGCUGCCCCCGGGGCAAGCUCCUAAGGGUGGUGCUCCGCUGCGAGGGGGGCCUCAGCGCCCCAAGGGGUGUGUGUAGGGUGGGGGCGGCCAGCUGGGACCAGCUGGUGGCCCUGGAAAACCUCCCACACACCCACACCCACACACCCCUUUUGUGUUGCAGGCUGCCCCUCUGAGAGCAGAGGCAGAGAGAAAGAGAGAGAGAGAAAGAGAGAGAGGAGAGAGAGUAAGCGUGUGGCUCCCACUGGUCCGCGCCAACAGAGCAGUGGGGACAGAGACCGGCACCACCUCCAGGUCCUCCCACCAGGAAGACAAGAAUUAGAGCUGAGCAACCACCGUCCACAUUCUGACCAGAAGAUUCGCCUGCUGCUUUGCUCUUGGAAAGUUCCCUUGAGCUGUCUGAUUAAGAUUUAAGCAAAGAAUUCAGAAAGUAAAAGUAACCCAGAAGUCCCCAGCGGAAUAUUUCACCUGAACCUAAAAUGGUGAGCGAGAGUCAUCACGAGGCCCUGGCGGCCCCACCUGUCACCACUGUUGCAACUGUUCUACCACAUAAUGCCACAGAGCCAGCCACUCCUGGGGAAGGGAAGGAAGAUGCCUUUUCUAAACUGAAGGAGAAGUUUAUGAAUGAGUUGCAUAAAAUUCCAUUGCCACCAUGGGCCUUAAUUGCCAUAGCCAUAGUUGCAGUCCUUUUAGUCCUCACCUGCUGCUUUUGUAUCUGUAAGAAAUGUUUGUUCAAAAAGAAAAACAAGAAGAAGGGAAAGGAAAAGGGAGGAAAGAAUGCCAUUAACAUGAAAGAUGUGAAAGACUUAGGGAAGACCAUGAAAGAUCAGGCCCUUAAGGAUGAUGAUGCUGAAACUGGAUUGACGGACGGUGAAGAAAAAGAAGAGCCCAAAGAAGAGGAGAAAUUAGGGAAGCUUCAAUAUUCACUGGACUAUGAUUUCCAGAAUAACCAGCUGCUGGUAGGGAUCAUCCAGGCUGCGGAGCUGCCCGCCUUAGACAUGGGCGGCACAUCCGAUCCUUACGUGAAAGUGUUUCUCCUGCCCGAUAAAAAGAAGAAAUUUGAGACGAAAGUCCACCGAAAAACCCUUAAUCCUGUCUUCAAUGAACAAUUCACGUUCAAGGUGCCAUACUCAGAAUUGGGUGGCAAAACCCUGGUGAUGGCUGUCUACGAUUUUGAUCGUUUCUCCAAGCAUGACAUCAUCGGAGAAUUCAAAGUCCCCAUGAACACAGUGGAUUUCGGUCAUGUAACUGAGGAAUGGCGUGAUCUGCAGAGUGCUGAGAAGGAAGAGCAAGAGAAACUGGGUGACAUCUGCUUCUCCCUCCGUUAUGUUCCGACUGCUGGUAAACUGACCGUUGUCAUUCUGGAGGCUAAGAACCUGAAGAAGAUGGAUGUGGGUGGCUUAUCUGAUCCUUAUGUGAAGAUCCACCUCAUGCAGAACGGCAAGAGGCUGAAGAAGAAGAAGACAACCAUUAAGAAGAACACACUGAACCCUUACUACAAUGAGUCCUUCAGCUUCGAAGUUCCAUUUGAGCAAAUCCAGAAAGUGCAAGUGGUGGUAACUGUUUUGGACUAUGACAAGAUUGGCAAGAACGAUGCCAUCGGCAAAGUCUUUGUGGGCUACAAUAGCACCGGCGCAGAGCUGCGGCACUGGUCGGACAUGCUGGCCAACCCCAGGCGACCCAUCGCCCAGUGGCACACCCUACAGGUGGAGGAGGAGGUGGAUGCCAUGCUGGCCGUCAAGAAGUAAAGGGAGGAGGAAGCCUUUCUGCGUUUGCCCACAUAGUGCUCUUUAGCCAGUAUCUGUAAAUACCUCAGUAAUAUGGUCCUUUCAUUUCUCCAGCCAUGUGUUCCUAACACAAUUCAGUGGUACUUCAAAUCCUGUUUUACUUUGCACAAAUUUAAGCGUAGAGAGCCCCCAUGCCCUUCCUAAUACCACUGCCCUCCAAAUCUACUCUUCUUUUAAGCAAUAUGAUGUGUAGAUAGAGCAUGACUGAAAUUAUUUAUUGUAUCACAUCGUUGUAUAUAUCAGUAUGCUAAAGAUUGAUUUCUAGUUUGUGUAUUUGUAUGUUGUAAGUGUUUCCUAAUCUGUGUAUAUCUAGAUGUUUUUAAUAAGAUGUUCUAUUUUAAACUAUGUAAAUUGACUGAGAUAUAGGAGAGCUGAUAAUAUAUUAUAUGGUAAAUAUAGUAUCGUCUGCAUUCCAGCAAAAAUAUCAACUUGUAAGGCACUAGUACGGUGAAACUGACAUCUUAAAGGACAACUUAAACCUGAGAUUUCUAUUGAACCAUUUGAGUAUCAAGAUAUGCCCACAGCACAUCUUUGGUGGGUGAAUCCAAUUUUAUAGAUUUCCUUCACAGGCAAGUAGUAUGUCCUGAGCGGCUCUAGGCUGACCUCAAGAAAGCAUAGCCACAAACUAGAAUAGCACCUGUCUAUUUUGUCUGCAAAGCUAAAGUCACAGCUUCACUCUGACGCUCAAGGAGGCAACUCGACAUAGUAAGUGAAUUCAUAUUACCACAUGCAGAGCAGCACACAAUGGUGUUCUCUGUGGGUGCACAUGUGCAAGUGUGUACGUGUUCGUGUGUGUGUGUAUGUGUGUGUGUGUGUGUGUGUGUGUGUGUGGUGCAUGCAUUUGUUUGGGGUGGGGCGGGGGAGGAGAAGCUGAGAGCAGUCAGAAUUUCUGAAAUAUUGCCUGACUAUUUAAACAGAAAACAAUAGCUCUCCAUUAUCACAUUCAUACAAACAUGUGCAUCCUCUGAAUUCUGACACAGAUUUCACACGAAUAGAGAGUCCAAAAGGUUUGCACAUGAGACUUUGUAACAAAAUAUUUUAUUAUACAAAACCAGAUUAGAAGGAAUGCAGAAUAUUUUUAACACAGUAAUCUGUGAUCAUUACAAAAAAAAUGACUUUAUGGUAAGCAGACAGUAUUGUAAUCCCAUCAAAAGAUGAAAACAAAAAAAAAAAAAACUUAAACAAAUUA